GGACGCACAGUUAAAAGCACGAUGCCGGGCUUGUAGUGUGACGCCUCAGAGAAGUACGGAGGCUCAUUCUGGUGCUCGUCUUAUCAUCUUACUAGAAGCAGAACCAUGGCAGCGGUGGUGGACCCUUGCUCCUUUUCGUCUUUCUCCAGUUGUGUCACUAGACACCUGAACCUGUACUUCCACGUGGAUUUUGAUAGCCAUGUCCUGAGGGGAGACGUUGCUUUAACGAUCGAGGCACUGGAAGACAAAUUGCCGAGCUUGAUUCUGGAUACUAAAGAUCUGAAAAUAAGCAAAGUAACAGUUAAUGAUCAAGAUGCAAAAUUUUCUUUGGGUACAAAGCACAACAUUAAAGGAACACCACUGGAAAUCACUUUCCCCUUUGAGCUAUCCAGGGGUCAGCAAGUUAUCAUCAAAAUUUCUUAUGAGACCUCCCCAAAAGCUUUUGCGCUGCAAUGGCUUACACCUCAGCAGACAGCUGGAAAGAAGCAUCCCUAUCUCUUCAGUCAAUGUCAGGCAACUCAUUGCCGAACAAUGCUGCCCUGCCAAGACACGCCCUCUAUAAAGCACACUUAUUAUGCUAAGGUGUCUGUACCCAAAGAGCUGGUGGCAGUGAUGAGUGCAAUCAGAGAUGGACAAGAAGAAGAUCCACACGACAACAACAGAAUGAUUUAUCGUUUCAGGCAACCAGUUGCCAUGCCCUCUUAUUUGAUUGCUAUAGUGGUUGGAGCCUUAGAGAGCAGAAAUAUUGGCCCAAGAACUAACAUCUGGUCAGAAAAGGAAUUGGUAGACCUUGGUGCCUUUGAGUUUUCUGAGACUGAAACAAUGCUGAAAACUGCUGAGCUUCUAGCUGGACCCUAUGUCUGGGGUCAAUAUGACUUGCUUGUGCUUCCACCUUCUUUUCCAUAUGGAGGAAUGGAGAAUCCAUGUCUUACAUUUGUAACUCCAACGUUGCUGGCUGGAGAUCGAUCUUUGUCAUAUGUUAUUGCACAUGAAAUAUCCCACAGCUGGACAGGAAACCUGGUGACAAACAAAACCUGGGAACACUUUUGGCUGAAUGAAGGGCACACAGUCUACUUGGAGAGGAUGAUUGCAGCCCAGAUGGUAAAUGAGCAAUUUAGACAGUUCAAAGCAAUGGGUGGCUGGAAGGAGCUGCAGGAAUCUAUUCAUACCUUUGGAGACAAAAAUCCACUAACCAACCUUGUGCCAAACUUGCAUGAAGUAGACACAGAUGAGGCCUUUUCUUCAGUACCUUAUGAAAAAGGAUUUGCUCUGCUUUAUCAUCUUGAAGAGCAACUCGGUGGACCAGAGAUUUUUAUGGGCUUUGUCAGGUCCUAUAUUCAGAUGUUUGCCUAUAAAAGCGUCACCACAGAAGAAUGGAAAGCAUACCUUUAUACAUAUUUCAAGGAUAAGGUCGACAUUCUUAAUAAAGUGGACUGGAAUGGAUGGAUGCACACUCCCGGCAUGCCACCAGUAAAACCACAAUAUGACACCACACUGGCCGAUGCUUGCAUUGAACUUUGCCAGAGGUGGAUUAAGGCUAAAGAAUGUGACCUAAGCUCAUUUAGUCCUGCUGAUAUGGAGAAAAUGUCUUCUCAUCAGAAGAUAGAAUUUCUUGCUCUGUUACUGCAGGAGAAUCCAAUUCCACUGUCACAUGUGAAGAGAAUGCAGGAAGUGUAUGACUUGAAUGCAGUCAAAAAUUCAGAGAUACGAUUCAGGUGGCUUCGUGUUUGCAUUCGUGCCAAAUGGGAAGAUGCUGUCACUCUGGCUUUCCAAAUGGCAACUGAGCAAGGAAGGAUGAAGUUUACCCGUCCACUGUUCAGAGAGUUGUAUAACUUUGAAAAGUACCGUGAGCAGACCACGAACACCUUCAUCAACUGCAGAGCCAGCAUGCAUCCAGUCACUGCCAUGCUGGUAGCCAAGGAUCUCAAAGUUAAUUCCACAGCAAGCACACAUCUGUAAUAACUUCAUGUAUCUUUGUGCUUCCGGCAAUGCUUGCAAUACAGAAAUUUCCUUUU